CCACUCGCUUCGCUCGUGGUUCAACUAUAGAGUCCUUUCGCUUGCUCGUUUUUCAAUUCCACACUCGGCGUUAAAAUACAACUUUGCCCCCUUGUUUAACAAAUAGCUAUAAUUUAAUACUAACACACUCUAGAAUUAUUUAUAGUCUACCAGGUCGAACGCGAUGAAAUAACAUUAUUUUACCUUUUUUCCGACGUUUCGGCCAGGCCCAGCCGGCUGUUGACCACGGAAAAAAUGUAAAAAUAAAUGUUAUUUCAUUUUUUUUUUUUCAAAGAUGGAGUCAAAGAUACUCUUCUAAAUCUAAGUUACACUAAUAUUUUAGGUAACUCAGUUUAAAACGUUUGGUCUAACGUAGUUAAAUAAAAUAAAUAAUUACAUUUAAAAAUAUAGCAAAUAUAAAACCGAUUACAAAAAAUAUUUUCCUUAAUUCAGACUCAAUCCAAAAGCCAACAGGACAAUCCACAUGAAAAUGACGCAUUACCUCAAGAAUAAAUCAUCAAAUUUUUCCCCGUAAUAACACUAUUCUGGGAUUAGUUAAGUUAAAAUUAUUAAAAUGGGAGGUCGCCUGUUGUUGUUGCUUGUAUUCAUGUACAUGGAGUUUUAAGCCAACGUGUGUGUGAAUGGAAGACUUGUCGAGAGAGUAUAAGGGACCCUAAUUUGUGUAUGUGGUGCGCUACUGAGAAUUUCAACGGAACGAGCAGAUGUAAGCCUGUGAACCAAAAGGAUUCAAACUGGUGUUCGUAUCAGAAGACUUACAAAACCCCAUAAGUAACAUAACAGUUGGAACUCAAAGAAUUCAGUUCUGAAGUUGGAAAUAUGGUUCAAAUCAAGCCACAGAGUUACAAUUUAGAAUUAAGAGUGGGACAAGAGCAAGCCUUCAAUUUUUCUUACAAAGCGUCUAAAAAUUUCCCUGUUGAUCUUACUUUCUCUUUGACGCUUCUAAUUCUAUGAAGAAGAUGAGGGAAGACCUGGUUAAUCAAACGUAUAAUAUAUUUGACACUAUAAGCAAUAAGACUAAAGAUGUGUUUAUGGGUCUUGGCACAUUUAUUGAUAAGAAUCUGAUCCCUUUUAAUAACAAAAUCUCAGCGAACCAAACAUACUCCUUCAAACACGAGCUAAACCUAACAAGUGAUAUAAAUUUUUCAAUCACAAACUCGAGCAUUUAAAAUUCGGAUCCAACGCCGAUGACCCAGAGAGUGGCCUAGAAGGAAUAUCACAGGCUGUCGCAUGCAAAGAUAUAAUAGGGUGGAGAAAACAAUCUAGAAAGAUCUUAGUACUGAUGACAGACCAAGCGUAUCAUGCAGCUGGUGAUGGUAAAGCAGCAGGAAUCAUAAGACCUUAUGAUGGAGGAUGUUAUUUGAAUGAAAAAGGGUUUUACACUAAAGAAAAGGAAAUGGAUUACCCUUCAGUAGGAAUUAUUAACUACUUGGUGACGAAGGAAGAGAUAAAGAUAUUGUUUGUGUCGAGUUUCUCGGAUCAGACGGUGUAUAAUACGUUGGCGACAGCAAUUACGGAGUCAGAGGCGAUGAGCUACCAACCAAAGGCUAUUACUAACAUGCUGAGGGAGACAUAUGAGAAAAUAUCCCAACAAAUAAAACUAAAAGUGAAUUUGACAGAUGACGAGAAAAACCAUUUCGAAAUAACUUUCGAUCCAAACUGUGACAAUGAUAACUGCAAAGUGACCCCAGGCCAAGAGAUGGACUUCACUGGAAAGAUUCUCCUCAAGAAAUAUUUCAACAAGAACCAGCUGUUUAUUAAAAUCAACCCGAUUGGUUUGAAUGAUAAAAUUGUUCUGAAUGUGAAAGUGUUGGCAGAUUGUGGAUGUUCUAAGUUUGCGGAGGUAAAUUCGAAAAGAUGUCAUAGUAUUGGGAAUUGGACCUGUGGAGUUUGUGAAUGCCCUGAUGCCAAAUUCGGUCCGGAUUGCGGCUGCACCGGUAAUUCCUCGACGUGCUCCCCUCCGGGCUCGGAUCAGAUCUGCAGCGGACACGGCAGCUGCAAUCCUUGUGGAAUUUGCGACUGUGCAGAUGGGUACGAAGGAAAAUACUGUGAAUACCAGAACAACAAUUGUCUUCGGGACAACGCCGGAAAACUUUGCUCGGGCCAUGGCACAUGUCUUGAUGGCAAAUGUACGUGCAUUGGAGACUGGACCGGUGCUGCCUGCGAUUGUACAACUUUGACGACACCUUGCAUUAGUGAAGGAAUGGAAUGCAACAACCGCGGCCACUGCGUCUGCGGAAUCUGCGCUUGCGACCCGCCUGCCAAAUGGGACGCUCGUACCUACGACAGCUACAACUUCUGCAAGCAGACCCCCUGCAUCGACUGCCAUAGCAAACAGUGCAGGCACCUCGCCCCUUGCAUUAACUGCUUGAACGAUGGAGGACCUUGCCAACAUGUCUGUGGAGAAACGUUACUUGUCCAAGACUUUGAUGGGAAUUAUACUGCAUGGGAGAAUUGCAGUCAUGUUCAAGUGAAUUUUGGAUGUUAUGCUGACUUUAGAUAUAUUUAUAAUGACAAUGGCACUAUGACACUUGUGGUGUUGGAUACGAGUUGUGCGCAGAGUCAAAUUUAUAUCGGCGUGAUAUCAGUAAUCGUUUUAUUGGCAAUUGGUAUAGCAACGUUGUUAGCCUGGAAGUUCCUUACCAACGCCAGGGACAGAAGAGAGUACGAAGCCUUCAUAAAGUCAUCCCAGGAAGGUGACAGUGUGCGCAUCAACCCAACAUACACCGCACCGACCACUACUUACAUGAACCCUGCUUUUGAAAACAGCACGGAACAGUGCAAAAAAUAAUAAAAACCAUUGAAUAAUAAGAAUAAAAUUAAAUAUAUAUUAUGU